AUGACGACCAGAAGUGUGGAAUCUGCGGGCCAUGGGAGUGGAGACACCCACGCCGUCGUCACUGGCACUCUGAACAGCAUUUAUCGACCAGAGGUCGACGUCUCCGGGAUUGACGAAAAGAAGUUGAUGAGGAAGGUCGACUUGCACGUCAUUCCCUGGUUGACCAUCCUCUAUUUGUUCAGCUUCCUGGACAGAGGCAGUAUUGGCAAUGCGAAACUGUACAACCUGGAAAAUGACCUCGGGAUAACAGACAAACAGUAUCUUCUAGCUCUCUCGAUGUUCUUUAUCCCUUACGCGUUGUUCGAGCCUGCGAGUAAUGUCUUACUGAAAAGGCUCAGGCCUUCCGUAUGGCUCUCGUCCAUGAUGCUCCUUUGGGGAACAACCCUCCAUGGCAUCGUAAAGGAUUUCGGCGGUCUUCUCGCCUUACGACUUUUGCUCGGUUUGACCGAGGCCGGUCUUUAUCCGGGGGUUGUCUUCUAUAUCUCAAGCUGGUAUAAGCGCUCGGAAACAGGUUUUAAAGUCGCCAUUUUCUUCUCGUCCGCGACGGUGGCAGGGGCGUUCAGUGGCCUCCUGGCCGCAGCGAUAGCAAAAAUGGAUGGCAUCGGAGGACGUCCAGGAUGGGCAUGGAUCUUCAUUCUUGAGGGACUGGCGACUGUUUUCCUUGCAAUCGUUUCCUUUUGGGUCGUUCAGGACUUUCCAGAUACAGCUCGCUUUCUGACCGACCAAGAACGUGCUUUUAUCAUCCGUCGCCUCCAGGAAGACAUGAAAUUCAGCGCUUCCGGAGAGGCCUUUUCCAGUGAGUAUGUUUGGCAAAGCCUGAAGGAUUGGAAAACGUAUAUAGCCAUGGGCCUCUAUAUGGGUUUUGAUGGUCCUCUUUAUGCUUUUUCGCUGUUUUUGCCCUCGAUCAUCAAUCAAGUGAGCCCCUUUCACCCUGUUUUGGUUCUUCAGGGCGCUCACUCGUACCAACUGCAGCUGGGUUACACAGCUACCCGUGCAAAUCUUCUCUCGGUUCCUGUAUACGCAUGGGGAUGUAUCCUGACUUGUGUUGUUGGGUACCUGGGGGAUCGGUUCGGCCAUCGGUCGCACAUCAACCUAGCUCUCUUUGCCGCGGGGCUCGCUGCGUAUAUCAUACUCCUAGUGUCAAAAUCUGACGCGUUGUCCUACUUCGCCGUGUACCUCGCUGUUUCUGCCAUCUAUCCAAUGAUUCCUAAUUCCGUCGCUUGGGUCGCGAGCAAUGUAGAAGGCUCCUAUAAACGGAGCGUCACCCUGGGGAUGGCCAUUGGAUUUGGAAAUCUCAAUGGUGCAGUUACGGCGAACAUCUACAGGGCUAAAGAUAGGCCAUGGUACCGCCUAGGCCAUGCCAUCGUCUUGGGAUACAUUGCCUUUGGGCUAGUUUGUUCUCUCCUCUUCUACAUCCUAUUGAAACGGGAGAAUGAACGGCGGGAUCGACGAGAGCGGGACGAGGUCAUUGAGGGAGUGGAUAACAAAUACGCCCACGAAGGCAACGGGCGGUACGAGAGCAUCGAUGCUGCACGAUUGCACAAGGGUGACCAAUGGAGUGGGUUCCGAUACACCCUCUAA